AUGAGUGGCGAACAAAUCAAAACUAUUAGCGAGAACCUACCAGAAAAGGGAACUCUAUUGGUCUGGGGACUUGGAAAUGACAGUCCAUAUUGGCACAAUAGAACAAAAGGAAAAGUCGUUUAUAUAGAAGAUGAUAUUCCUAAGCGAAAAGCAGGUAUAAUGUGGUACGAUACAAUAGUAAAACAAAACUCAUUCCUGGAAGUCUACCGUGUACAUUAUACAACAAACACAGUUAGAUCAUUCACGAAAUAUAUAAACAGUCCUGAAAUAUGGUCCGAGCUAGACUUGAGUAGUCAAUUACCAGCUUCUGUGACACAAACACACUGGAACGUGAUUAUCGUUGAUGCACCUCUUGGUUGCUGUCAAAAGGGUCCAGGACGAUAUCAGUCAAUCUACUAUUCGAGUGUACUCGGAAGAAAAGGUACACAUGUAUUUGUUGAUGACUUUGAACGAAAAGUAGAACAUGAAUUUUCCAUAAAUGUCUUUGGAAAGCCAGUAGAGGUAAUACAAAGACAGACCACAAAUGCUUCACGUGCGAAUGACCAAGCACAUUUCAUUCUCAGUUAA